AUGGCUGCUCGUGCAUUUAAAAAGUUCGCCCCUCUUUAUGACCGUGUUUUGGUCCAACGUUUUGAAGCUGAAACCAGAAGUAAAGGUGGGAUCAUGAUACCGGAGAAAGCUAAAGGCAAGGUUCUUGAAGCAACUGUGGUCGCACAUGGUCCAGGAUCGAGAAAUGAAGUGAAGUUGUUCCUGUGUGUGUCAAUGUUGGUGACAAGGUUUUCCUUCCUGAAUACGGUGGUACUAAAGUCGUACUGGACGAAGAUUUUGUCAAGGAGACUACAAUGAACUGGUGGUGCAGUCCCAUGGAAGCCGGUGACCAACAAUUGAUUCAUACUCCAUUUGUUCCCGCAGGAUACUGGAGCUCAUGUGCACCAUUGGUUUGGGAUCCGGUUAAAGCGCCGGACAUUCGCUUUUCGUCCUCUCAUUUUCGUAAACAACGCCCCCGCCACGAGAAGGCAGUGAGUAGGACUUCCCUGGCAGAGGCUAUAUACGCGUGGCCAUGUGAGAGCAUUUCGAGAGGGAGAGCGGACUCUCCCCAUUCUCGGCCGUACCAAGGCAUUUGGGGGCCUCAUAGUACC